AGCCCAAACACUUGGAGGACGUUUCUAACUGAACCAGGACAACCAUGACGUGCUGUGAGGGGUGGACGUCCUGCAAUGGCUUCAGCCUGCUGAUUCUGAUUAUUCUGGGAGUAGUUAUCAAUUGUAUACCUCUGGGUAUCAGCCUAGUGGAGGGAGAUUCAGCUUCUCAAAACCCCAUCUCUUGCUAUGAGUGGUGGUUACCAGGAAUUAUAGGAGCCGGUGCGCUGGCCAUCCCAGCAACAACGAUGUCCUUGGCAUCGCGAAAAAGAGCGUGCUGCAAUAACAGGACAGGGAUGUUUCUUUCAUCGCUCUUAAGUGUAAUCACAAUCAUUGGUGCGGUCUAUUGCAUGCUGGUAUCACUCCAGGCUCUCUCGCAAGGCCCUCUCAUUUGUAGCUCUCAAGCCAACAGCACCGUCUCUUGUGAAUUUUCAUUGAAAAACUUGAGUGACUUCCAUCCUGAAUCCUUCAGUCUGCAGUGGUUCUUCCAAGACUCUUGUGUUUCUCCUACUGAUUUAAAAAACUCCAGCAUCAGUGACAUCAUCAAUAACUGGAGCGUACCCAACUCUAACUCUGAAGAAGACAGACACAGGAUUUUCCACUUCUCAGUGUUUCUCUGUCUCCUGCUUGUUGGAAUCCUUGAGCUCCUGUUCGGGCUCAGUCAGAUACUCAUUGGUUUCCUUGGCUGUCUGUGUGGUGUCUCUAAAAGAAGGAGUCAAAUUGUAUAGCUUAAAGGGUAAUAAACUAGAAUAUCAGUACUUUGAAUAAUUUGAAUUUAAAAAAAUAUAUGCUUUUAUAAGUUCAAUGAUGAAGCAUCAUCUGGAACACUGUGUCAUUUUAGUACAAAAGUUGUUUUUGAAAUCAUCUCUGAAGUAACUUUACAAAACAACCAACCUAUCAAACUGGACCAGUGUGGCACAUGCCUUUAAUCACAGCACUCAGAGGCAGAG